CGAGACCAGCAGGGAAGGACCGCAAUCAUCAUCACAUCGCCCCACGCCAUAAGAAAAUUGAGCAGCCUCUGACUUUAUCAUUCCUUCCCUUCCCCUCUCUCAGUGUCCUCUUUCUUUAGUUCUUCGUCCAUCGAACGCUCCCCCCAAUUCCUUGAUUUUGUCCGGAGACGGGGUUUCUCGGAAUCUCUGAUUCCGGGGGCAUUUCGCGGUUCUGCUGUCCCAGUAUCCUGGAUUCUGGAAUUGACAUUUGGAGGGAAGAUGAAUGCGUUGACCUGCUGAAGACAAAGCACAGAAGGGAAGAUUCCUAGGAUGCUCAAAAAUGCAAAAUUGGAUUUUUAGUAAUGGAGGAUGGGAGAUAUCAUGUGAUUCGGUAGAGUUAGCAGUGAAAUGUCUGCUAGUAGGAGUUCCACUCAUGGCCUCAACAACAAUGAUGCUCUCGGAAGCCAAACUUCCGAUACUUUGAGCGGAGUCACGUUGGAUAAACGUUCAUCUCAGAAACUUUUUAAAGGAAAUGGCAGCUCCAGUCACUCACAAGACCGAGAAGUCAUGGAGCCCCAUUCACAAGCUAGAGCACAGGAAAAUGAAAUCCAGACUCUCCGCGAGCAAAUGGCUGCAGCUUGUUUGAAGGAAAUGAAGCUGCUUACGGAGAAAUACACGCUGGAAAAGAAGUUUGCUGAUUUGAGAUUGGCAAUCGAUGAGAAGCAAAAUGAAGCGACUACUUAUGCCUUGAAUGAAUUGGCCCGUCGGAAAGGUGACCUUGAACAGAAUUUAAAGCUGGCCCAUGAAUUAAAGGCUGCAGAAGAUGAUAGAUACUUCUUCACAUCCUCCAUGCUUGGUUUAUUGGCACAGUAUGAUUUUUUGCCACCUGUAAUGAAUGCUGCUGUGGUGUCGGCCUAUGUGAAGCGCCUCCAUGAUCAGUUGCAAUGGAAGAUCAGUACUGCUCAUGAGAAAAUUCGACAGGCAGCAGCUGUGGUGGAAAAUUACCGUGAUAGCCCUUCGCAUGUUAAAGAAAACUAUGGUUCGAGAAUUUGGAACUACCAAGGUCCUCUAAGAUCCAUGCAGCAAGAUGGCGUUUCUCAUCAAUAUAAGGAUGGAUCGGAUAUGAAAGAAGCUAAGUGGGGGGAUGGAUCGAUGAUGGCCGGUGAUGAGAUGCACCAAAGGCUAAGUGGGGGGAAUGCUAUGGAGUUUGCUUUUGAUGUUCACAGGCCAAUAGAUGAAGCCAUUGGGAGGGACAGUGUGUCUCAGCAUUCUGAUGUACACGAUGACAUUGCUUCUCUUACAUCUCAAGAGGGUCCAGGUAUUGAGGGAUUUCAGAUUAUUGGUGAAGCCACGCCAGGGAACCAACUUCUUGGGUGCGGAUAUCCCGUUCGGGGGACUGCUCUUUGUAUGUUUCAGUGGGUCCGGCAUUAUCAGGAUGGGAGGCCACAGUAUAUUGAAGGAGCCACAAAUCCAGAAUAUGUUGUCACUGCUGAUGAUGUGGAGACACUUAUUGCGGUUGAGUGCAUCCCGAUGGAUAAUCAGGGCCGCCAGGGAGAAAUAGUAAGGCUUUUUGCUAACGACCGGCGAAAAAUAACAUGUGACCCAGAAAUGCAAAUGGAGAUCGAUAAGCAUAUUUCCAAAGGCCACGCCAUAUUCAAAGUUCAAUUGCUGGUCGAUUCUUCUGAGACGUGGGAGUCCGCGACUUUGAUUCUAAAACCAUCAAGCUAUGAAAUAAAACUCAUCAGCACCGGAGAAGCAGCAGUUUCCGAGAAGUUCUCCAAGGAGCUUUCGAUCAAAGUUCCUUGUGGGUUCUCAACACAAUUCGUUUUGACAUGUUCUAAUGGAUCCUCCCGUCCUUUGAGCACAAACGACGUUCGAAUGCGGGACACCCUUGUCGUGACGAUGAGAAUGUUCCAGAGCAAGGCUCUGGACGAAAAGAGAAAAGGAAGAGCAUCGUGAGUUCUCCAUUCAUUUAGAUGUAGCAGUAGUUCAUUGUCUAUAACUGUAGCCAUUCUUCAUCGACCAUAGAGAACGAGAAAUUAUUAAUCUUUGUCUCAAGGUUUUGUUUUGCGAAGUCGAUCGAGAAUAAAAGGAAAAAAAAAAAGAAGAAAAAAACCAUGUAGCUGGUUUCAGCAAUAUUCUUUACAGAUGCAGUGAUAGUAUUGACUUUUGCUCCAGACACUGUAUUGAGUUGAGAAUGUCACUUCGCUUUUUCUGUUUUCUGUUUCCCAA